AUCUCUGUGUUGUGUGUUCCUUGGACUUGAUCUCAGGCUAUAAGUGUCACACUUCCUCGGUUCGGACAAGAAACAUAAAGAUGACAAAAAUCUUAGGAAUAGAUUUCGCGCCUCUCCACAUACCGAUGGAGCGUCGACUCCAGACAUUAGCAGUUCAGCAAUGGACGCUGUCCUUUUUGUUCCUGGGAUUUGGAUGUUUAUUUUUCAUGAUUUAUUUACUAUUUACAUCCUUUUACUGGAUCCCACUAUUAUACAUGGCCUUCUACGUUUACGAUAGAAAGAAGUCAGCUCAAGGUGGACGACGAUGUCAAUGGAUACGAGAAUGGGCUGUGUGGAGAUAUUUUCAGCGAUACUUUCCUAUAACUUUGAUAAAAACAGUGGAUCUGGAUCCUAAUAAGAACUAUAUAAUGGGUUUUCAUCCUCAUGGAAUACUCAGUGUUAGUGCUUUCUGCCACUUUGCUACUGAAGGUUCUGGCUGGAGCAAAACAUUUCCGGGCAUUACGCCAUACUUACUGGUACUUCCGGGCCAUUUCCAAUUUCCUGUAUAUAGGGAUUACUUCAUGGCAGGUGGGGCAGUUGAAGCUACAGCAAAAAGUAUGAAAUUCCUUUUGACGAGGCAUGGGACAGGAAAUGCUCUUGGUCUAGUAGUGGGCGGAGCUUUAGAAGCAUUAGAGGCAUUUCCGGGAAAGUUUAAUUUGAAACUCGCAAAGAAGAAAGGUUUUAUCAAAGUGGCACUUCGGACGGGGGCAUGUUUAGUUCCGAUGUUCUCUUUUGGUGAGCACGAAUUGUUUGUACAAGCAGAGAAUCCUGAGGGAUCCCGACUGAGAAACCUCCAAAACUGGUUGACAAAAUACACUGGGUUCUCUCCCCCUGUUUUUCACGGACGAGGAAUGUUCAACUACACGUUCGGUCUAGUUCCAUACAGAAUUCCUGUCUACACAGUUGUCGGUGCUCCAAUACAAGUCGAAAAAGACGAGGAUCCCUCUCAGGAGAAAAUUGAUGCACUCCAUAAAAAGUACUUAGAAGAAUUAGAAAAACUAUUUGAAACGCACAAAUUAAAGUAUGGUGUUCCUGAAGACAAGCAUUUGCAUUUUAUAGAGUAAUUUCUACGAUGACCUUGAUUAGGACAAAUACUACAAUAUACUGAUUUUCGCUAAGGAUUUUCCCACCACAUGCAGAUUUAAUCGAUACGUAUGUUUUAAUAUUUACGCAAAAUGUGUUAUUGAUAUAUAAUAUAUGUAACGUGGCAUUAUAGCGUUAACUAUUUUUAUAUGCGUUGAUCAAAGCGGCUGCCAUGGGCCUGGUCUUCCGCUGCAUCUUGUUUAUAUUUAGGUUAAUAAAGUUGUUUUUGUU